UAGUAUCUAUCCAAGAGAGAGCAGAAGCAUUUCCUUCUUCAAAUUCUAACAUAAAAAAGAGGGCAAGCCCAAGCGAAGGGCUUAAAAAAUCUCUAGAGCAAGCUCACAGUACAACGUGAGAGGGAGUCUUUUUGUAAAUUCUUGUUCUGGUGCUUUGAGGCAAAAAGUUUUAGGGUUUAGCUUGUCUUUGUUCUACAUUUUAUUUAAUGUAUUGGUAAGUCAGUACUGCACGUGCUCCUGGGACUCUUCCCUCUCCUUACUUCAAUGCCAUAUAUUUUUUCCCACUCAAUCUCACUUUCUCACCCUCUGCUCCUCUUCUUUUGUUUGCAUCUUCCCUUCCCAACUCUUUCCUUUCUCUCACUCUCAGCAGGAAAAAAGUAAGUGAUUGGGAAAAAAACCAAUGUCUUUGAUAUAAGAAGAGGGCAAUAACAAAAACAAGAAAAAGAUUUGUAGCUUGGAGAAUCUCAAGAGAUACUGCUUUGAACAUGAUGGAAGGAAUCAACGGAGGGGGAAGAGCUGGUGUUGGUGAAGAAGAUACGGGAGAUGGUAUGCAGUGCAGUGAUCAUCCUUAUAGAAACAACCCUGGUGGGAUCUGUGCAUUUUGCCUUCAAGAAAAGCUAGGGAAGUUGGUUUCUUCUUCUUUUCCUUUACCUAUUCGUGGGUCAUCAUCUUCGUCUUCUUCUUCUUCCCCUUCUUUUAGAUCUGAUACUGGUGUCGCCGCUGCUAGCUGUGGCAAUGGUGUUGUUGGUACUUCAACUUCUCUUUCUCUGUCUGUCCGACCCACGACAACAAAAAGUAGGAAUGAUAAUGGCAAUAAUAGUCAUUAUCGUGAAUAUUAUACAAGGCCGGCCAGGAUCCCCUUCCUUUUGGCAAAGAGGAAGAAGAUCAUGGUGGCAUCAUCAGAUCAUCAUCAUGCUGCUGCCGAUAUUGUUUUUAAGAGAAGCAAGUCAACUACAACUCCUAGGAGAGGCCGUUUCUUGGAUGCUUCUGUUGAUGAUGGUGAGGACUUUAGCCCCAGAAAGAGAGGUGGUUUCUGGUCAUUUCUUUAUCUUUCUUCCAAGUCUACAAAAAAACUAGAUAAGAUCGCUUCUAUAGCAGCAACAGUAGCGGAAGUUACAUCAUCUACAACAACAGCAGCAGCAGGAGCAGCAGCCACUGGUUCUGUUGUGAAGCCAAAAUGCUUAGGAUCAUCAUUGUCCGGGAAAGGAGGCAUUGUGGUGGUGGAGUAUGAUGAUAGUCCUAAUGGUCAAGCUACUUCCUCUGCAUCAUCAUUUGAGCGCAAGGUUUCAAGAUCGAGAUCUGUUGGUUGUGGAAGCAGGCGUUUCUCUGGUGAUUUCUUUGAAAGAAUAUCAACUGGGUUUGGGGAUUGCACUCUCAGAAAAGUGGGUUCACAAAGGGAAGGCAAACCAAAAGUUGCUGCCUCAUCAUCUGCAAUGAAAGAAAGGGUGAGGUGUGGAGGCAUUUUUGGUGGUUUCAUCAUGACCUCUUCUUCAUCAUCUUCAUCCUCAUCAGCUUACUGGCUAUCCUCUUCAGCUGAGGAUCAUGUCAAAUCAACAGCUGGGCCUCUUGUUCAUGGGAGGAGUAAGAGUUGGGGUUGGGCUUUUGCCAGUCCCAUGAGAGCUUUCAGCAAGCCGCCUUCUAAAGAUAGUAAGCGAGGUACCAUCAUUAGACAAUCAAACAAGAACACCACUCCCAAUCUGGCAGCAAUUCCUUCCUUGUUAGCUGUUAGAGGCUAAAGAGAUCAACUCGGGGGAUCUUGAUUUCGGUUAAUAGACAUUACAUUUGGUUUCCUGUUUAUUUCUGUGUUUAUGAUCUUUCUUGUACUCUCUUCCAUUAGUAAUGUUACACUCUUUUCUUUCUUAACUUUUUUGCCUGGUGCUUACCUCUGUUGGGUGGCUGAGAUCAGCUGUGAAUUGGAAUACCAUUACCAGAACUCAGGUGAGUUUUGGCAAAGUGAAACUGGUCCAAGGUGUUCACUUCGUUUCCUGCAGAAGUUUUCUGUUUAAAGAAAAUUGUAUUCUUUAAUCUUUGUGGUGUUUGUUUGUAAGUUGUACCUUGAUGUUAUGGCAAAAAAAUGUGGUUUUUAUUAUGUAUUCUACAAGAAGUU